ACAAUAUGAGUUUCGGCCGAGCAGCUGUGUGAAAUAAGUGUGUUUUAUCAGAGACAAAACGGCGAGCCGGUGUUUGACUGUGUGUAGGGUUCCUGUGAGAGCGCGGGGCUACAGUUGGUAAAUGGAUGAGAACGCGGAGCAGUCGAGAGCUGUGGACAAUUUUACUGGGGAGGUCAGCACUAAGAGAAAAUGAUCAAAUUGAAGCUGAGUUGGAUCGACAUUGUGAGCGGUUACUAGCUGGCCUGUCUUAUUACAAACCCCCUAGUAUAUCCUCUGGGGAGAAGCUAAAAGCUGAUAAAGAAGUGGUAGUACCUCUGAAGGAACUUGGGCUACGGAUCAGCAAAUUCCUGAGUUUGGAUGAACAACAAAGUGUUCAACUAUUGCAGUCGUAUCUACAAGAGGAUUACAGAGGCACACGGAGCUCAAUAAAGGCAGUAUUGCAGGAUGAGAGGCAGAGCCAGGCCCUGCAGCUGAAGAUUGCAGAAUACUAUUAUGAAGAAAGAUUGUACACGCUGCGCUGUGUUCUGUACCUACUUACAUAUUUUCAGGAUGAACGACACCCUUACAGAGCAGAGUAUUCAAAAUGUGUGGAUAAGUUGGAGAAGGAACUGGUCGCGAAUUAUCGGCAACAGUUUGAAGAAUUGUUCAGAACUGAAGCUCCAACUUGGGAAACACAUGGGAAUCUUAUGACAGAGCGCCAAGUGUCUCGAUGGUUUGUACAGUGUCUAAAGGAGCAGGCACUAAUUUUGGAGAUUAUCUUCCUAUAUUAUGCCUAUUUUGAGAUGGGACCAGAAGACCUCCUGGCUUUUGCACGAAUAUUUAAAGAGCAAGGUUUUGGAACAAGGCAAACAAACAGGCAUCUUGUGGAUGAAAGCAUGGAUGGGAUGGUUGAUCGUAUUGGGUAUUUCAGCGCAUUGAUCCUGGUGGAAGGAAUGGAUAUAGAUUUCCUACAUAAAUGCGCUCUCGAGGAGCGAGUAGAACAGCAUCAGUUUGCUAAUGCUCGGGAAAUUUGCCAGGAGAUGGACAAGUUGCUGCUGACAUUAGGGGACAUACCACAUCAUGCACAGGUGCUGCUGUCUUGGGCUUUGUUGCGCCAUACGCUGAACCUGGAUGAAUCAACUCCUGUGAUCAGGCGCUUGGGAAGCACUGCUAUUCAGCAGAAUGUGUUCCAAUUUAUGACACAGAUGCUUAAGACGCUUGGCAGCGGGGGAAACAAUUGUACAGCCAGUACUGCUCGGAUGUGUAUCUAUGGGCUGCUGUCAUUUGUCCUAACGUCGUUUGAAGAAGAAACUUUGGGAGAUCAGCAGCACUUGAUUGAUGUUGCCUGUGAGGUCUUCACAGCCCCAAAUCUGGCAGAACUUUUUUGGGAUACCGAACCAACAGCAGGUAUUGCUAUUUUAUUGGACAACAAUUGUGGAAUGUUCCCACAGUCUAUGGCACCAUUGUUGCAACUGCUAUCUGCACUGAUAUCCGAUAAAUCCACUGCUAAAAAGGUUUACAGUUUUUUGGAUAAAAUGACAUGUUACACAGAGCCAUAUAAGCAUAAACCACAUGAUGUACUUUCCCACGAGGAUGGAACAAGGUGGAGGAGGCAAAUGCCAAAGCUGCUUUAUCCGCUUGGAUCUGGUCAGGCUAAUAUACGCAUGCCGCAGGGUACAUAUGGACAUGUAAUACCUGCAGGCCAGGGUUUUCUGGUACGUUGGGAUUUCUCGUAUAGCUCCUGGACAGUGUUCACUUGUGAGAUUGAGAUGCUGUUACAUGUGGUUUCAACAGCAGACGUUCUUCUUCACUGCCGGAAGGUCAAACCGAUUAUUGAUUUAGUACACAAAAUCAUCAGCACGGAUUGGUCUAUUACGGAUUAUCUGCUGCCAAUCACUUCUCGUCUGUACAUGUUAAUCCAAAGGCUUAGUUCUGUGCUAAAUCCUCCAACAGAUGUGAUUGCUUCUUGUGUAAAUACCCUUACUGUUCUGGCCACACGGAUGCCAGCCAAGGUUUGGGCAGAUCUACAACAUACAGGCUUCUUACCAUACUCUGUUACGCAAGUCACUGGGAUUGCUCAAUCCCUCAGGGCUGAAGGAAUGCAAGCUGGUAGUUAUGGUAACCUACUGCUGAGCAUUGAGAGACCGCAGGGCGAGUACAGUGUCACAAUGGCCUUUCUCCGACUGGUUACAACACUUGUCAAGGGGCAGCUGGGGAGUACUCAGAGUCGAGGUCUUCUACCUUGUGUGGUCUUUGUUUUAAAAGAAUUACUGCCAACCUAUCAUAAAUGGCGCUACAAUAUCUAUGGCAUACGGGAGGAAAUUGGUUGCCUAAUUUUUGAACUUAUUUAUACCAUCCUGCAUCUGAAUCCAGCGGAGGAAUCACAAGGCAGUAACUCACUCAGUCUUCAGUCUUUGUGCACCCAUUGUUUGGCAAAUACAGAAGCAGGGCAGGCCAUCAUAAAUAUUAUGGCUGUUGGUGUGGAUACCAUUGAUGCAGUAAUGGCAGUGCAGCCUAAUAGCUGUGGAUCUGAAGGAUCCGGCCAGACACUCAUUCAGACCAUCAAGCUAGCGUUUUCUAUAACUAACAAUGUCAUCAAACUGAAACCAUCAUCAGAAGUAGUUUCGCCAUUGGAGCAGGCCCUAACACAACAUGGUACCCAUGGUAAUAACUUAAUAGCAGUUUUGGCAAAGUAUAUAUACCACAGGCAUGAUCCUGCAUUGCCGCGCCUUGCUAUCCAGCUCCUGAAGAGACUUGCAAUGGUGGCCCCGAUGUCCGUGUAUGCCUGCCUUGGAAGUGAUGCUGCAGCAAUACGUGAUGCGUUUCUUAAUAGACUGCAGAGCAAGACAGAGGACAUGCGAAUUAAGGUGAUGAUCCUGGAGUUUUUAACAGUUGCUGUGGAGACGCAGCCUGGUUUGAUUGAGCUCUUCCUCAACUUAGAAGUGAAAGAUGAUGCUGUAGGAUCAAAGGAGUUUAUCCUGGGAGAAUGGAGCUGUCUCCAGGUGGUAUUGGAAUUCAUCGACUCCAAGCAACAAGGAAAAUAUUGGUGUCCUCCUCUCAUCCAUCGUGCUGCCAUUGCUUUUUUGCAUGCACUGUGGCAGGAUCGCAGGGAUAGCGCAAUGACCGUUUUACGAGCCAAAGAUCAAUUCUGGGAAAAUUUGACAUCUGUGCUUUUUGGAGAGCUGCCAGCACCCUGUAACAUUACAGAGAAGAGUGUGCUGGAAACUUGUGCCUUCACCCUGAAGAUCAUCUGCCUGGAAAUUUACUAUGUUGUCAGGGGUUCUCUGGACCAGUCCUUAAAGCGCACACUGAAGAUGUUCUUUGAGAAGAAGCGGUAUGAAUAUUGGUCUGAAUACAUCAAAUCUCUUGUUAUCCAUAUGAUGGAGACAGAAACUGAGGGGGCUGCUCCAUUUCUGGAGUUCCAUAUGAUAAUCUCUGCAUGGAGAAUGGUUCUUGUACUGGCUACCAAUUACUUCGAGGUGAUGCAUCUGUGUGAUAAUUCUCUACGGUUGCAGUUAUUGCAAGAUGUUCUAGAGGGAACCAAAGUUUUGCUGUUGGUGCCUUCAUCUGCUUCAUGUUUGCGAAUGGGGUCUAUGUUGGCAACACUCCUCCUAAUCUUGUUGAAACAAUGGAGAAGCAUCAUUGUUCAAGUGUCUAAAAUUCUGGACCCACUGGACCAAAUUCUUGAGAGUCUGUCACAGAGUAACCAGUACUUUAUGGAGAAGACCAAGGCAAAAAUAUUUUCAGCUAUCAUAACUACUCUUCAGAUCAAACGGUUGCGAGUUUCUGACAUCUCCCAGUAUUCCCAAAUGCUCCUGACUGUGUGUGAGACCAUACAUAACGAGGCAAUUGUUCUGUUUGACCAAACACAUCAUGCACUGACAACAGGAAAUGCUGGUUUGUCUGAUGAUAAGGAUUGUAUGGAGACAGAAUGUGCACCACGGCUACAGCACAAGGACCAGAAAGAUGGGGUAUGUGUGCUGGCUCUGCAUUUGUCCAAAGAACUUUAUGAAAUGGAUGAAAGUGGCAACCAUUUAUUUUUGAUUACUCGGAAAGUUCCAUUCCUUCCUGCCAUGCUUAGUACCCUGGAACUUAGCCUUCGAGUCAAACAAAAUCUACAUUUUGCAGAGGCAUCUCUGCACUUGCUUUUAGUAUUAUCCAGAACUCAGCAGGGAGCGGCUAUAGUGGCAGGAGCUGGUGUCCUCCCAAGCAUUUGUCUGCCGCUCCUAAGCGUUUACCAGCUUAGUACAAAUGGAACUGCACAGACUUUGGGAUCCUCCCGCAAGUCUCUGGAUGCCCCCUCCUGGCCAGGUGUUUAUCGGCUCACCAUGUCACUCAUGGAAAGACUUUUAAAAUCACUCCGCUACAACUUCCUUUCAGAAGCAUUAGAUUUUGUUGGGGUUCAUCAAGAGCGGAUAUUGCAGUGCUUGGAUGCAGUCCGGAAGGUGCAGAGCUUGGCUUGCCUCGAUGAAGUUGAUCACACGGUUGGGUUCAUUCUUCAGCUCUCCAACUUCAUCAAAGAGUGGCGUUUUCACCUGCCGCAGCUCCUUAGAGAUGUACAGGUGAACCUAUGUUACCUAUGUCAGACAUGCACUUUUCUGCUUCAUAGUCCAAAGGUGCUUCAGCAUUAUUUGCAGGUGAAGAAUGGUGACACUAUUCCAUCUGCAAUUCUCCCUCGUCAACCAAAAUCCAUUCAGACUCCAACGAAACAACAAAACACAGAAAAAGAGGAAAUGGAGCAGCGUGCACUGCUGAAAGUCCAGUCUAGUCUGCUUGGGAUUCUGAGUAAGACAUUAGCAGCUGUUCGACACUUUACCCCAGAUCUCUCCCAGAUACUGCUAGACCAGUCCCUGGAUCUGGCUGAAUAUGAUAUGCUUUUUGUCCUGAGCUUUACGACUCCGGCAUUUGAUUCUGAUGUUGCUCCGUCAUUUGGUACUCUACUAGCAACUGUGAACGUUGUCUUGAACAUGCAGGGAGAGAUCGAUAAGAAGAAGGAGCCCGUAUCUUUGAAUGUGGGACCACUGACUUCAACUGAAGAGGCAAAGUCAUUAAAGUCCCUUCUGACGUUCACAAUGGAAAACUGUUUCUAUGUGCUGAUUUCACAAGCAGUCCGUUAUCUGAAGGAUCCAUCUGUUCACUCACGUGACAAGCAGCGGAUGAAGCAAGAAUUAAGUUCAGAACUGAGUACAGUUUUGUCCAGUAUUUCCCGUUAUUCACGUCGUGGUACACCAUGUUCCCCUGCUGCGGCCCUGCUGAUGUCUCCUGCGAGCAAAUCCACCUGCUCCGUAUCCAAGUUGAGUCCUGACAAUCAGGAACCGUUAAUCCAGCUCGUCCAGGCCUUUGUUCGUCAGAUCCAGAGAUAGAAUAGGAUCAACCAUUGUUAGACUUCAAUGCUUUCUAGCUCUGGACUCCAUACAACUUCAUUUGCAGCAGUUUUUACUGACCAAAGCUCAUGUGAAUAUCUCAGAAUAGAACUUCAGCUACUUUAAUUGAAAAUGUUUAUUUUUGGUGAACAGUUUUCAGCUGUACUAAUUUCUCUCAAAGUUAAAGGAUAGAAUUACAUUACAAUUACAAUCAUGACAGCCUAUUAGAUAGAAUAAAUGGUAGCUGUUCCUAAACAAUUGAAAAUUUGUACAGUAGCAUCUGCUGUUAGUUUUGUGACAGUAGAGAUGCAGUUAAGUCAUUUGAGACUUUCUCUUGUAGAACUGUAAUGGAGGUGGUCAAGAAAAAAAAUCAUUCUGAAGGGAUAUCAUGCUGUGUCACAGUAACAUUUUUAUAAAGUGUCUUUAAUUCCAGUUUUAUUACAAAUGUGAAACAUAUUCAUCAGUGAAAGCUGCCACAGAAACAACACUCCCUCGUUGGGUUUGUGUGUUACAAGCAUCUCUGUUGAGACCCUGAUCAAGAAAUGUUUGAGUGGUUAGGAGUGCCAUGACAGUUUACAGCUAUUCUUUACUUUUAUAUACCACACAGUUCAUUCUUUGGGCAUUUUCUGUAGAACUAACCAGUGAAUCUUAGAUAUGCAUUUACAGCUGUUUUGUGUAAGUAUUGUUCAUUACUGGACAUUUUCAGAUUUGAUUAGAGGAGCUACCUGAACAAAGAACUGGCAGUUCAAAUAAGCAACAUAAGCUCUUGUAGAGGAAAUCAAAACUAUUUUAACAACUUAUGUAAAUCAGCAGAAACAUUUUGAUUUUGACCAGAUGCACUCAUUUUUACUUGAGAGAUUUUGCAAUAACUCGUGGCAGCAUUGUGUGACUGUUCUGUCAGAAGUCACAGGGGUAGGGGAGGAGCUAAUUUCCUCAGGCUGUAAAGUGACCAUGGCAUGCAGACCACAACUUUAUACUAGUGCUUUCUUCAGUGAAGAAAACAACUUUUUUCUAGAGGCCUUCUCCAAUAGUAGCUAAUAAUUUUAAAAAGCUUAACAGAUUUCCUGAUGCAGACAAUUUUACAACUCAAAUAUUCAACCUGGGUCCAAGUUUUGCCAAAUAGACUGGCCAUCUCAUUGUCCUUGAUGGCAGGGAAUUUUUUGAGACCGAUAGAGUGAUGAAAGAAAUUUUUAAGUAAAUUUCAACAAUUAUGGCCACUAAUUUAUUAUUAAACCAAAUCAUAGAAUAGGAUUCUCGAACACUGGUUUGAAAGGUGUAUUCUGGUAAUAAAGAUACUAAAUUUAACAAGAAACAACCAUUUGUCGUUAACAUCAGUGAAAUUUUGAAUCCUGUUAGAUAAAGUUUAGACUUUUUGGUCACUAACUGCCCCAAUAAUUGUAAUAGACACAAGCAACUUAAUUGAAUGAUUCAUCUUGCAGUCACUUUAUGAAACUGCAAUUCAUUUGUAACUUGUUGGGACAAUUGUUUAAUUCUAGCCUUGUACAAUGUUCAUCUACCUUUCUGUGAUGGUUUUACAGUUUUUAAAGCUUUUAAAAAGCUGAAGAAUAAACUUAAUCUUGUAA